ACAACAUACGAGCCCAGAAAAGGAAGUACUCCACAAUAAAGCACCUCCUCUCUGAAGAGUAAAUAGAGAUGGGCGCGUCAGAGUCAAGUCUCUCCAGCUCCCAAAGACCUGGAGAUGAGAUUACCACAGUAUCGGAGCGGUCAGAAAUUGUGGAUCCUGUCAUAGAGCAGCUCAAAUCCCUUAAAACUGCAACUCCAAUAUUAACGUCAACGCCGGCAGAGACUAGCUUGACGGAUAUUCUAGUGAGGAAAGCUUCAUCGUCUUCAAAUUCAAGUACGGUCAACCCAAAUGUGUUGCUUGAGCUCUUUUCCAUGUAUCGUGACUGGCAAGAGCGAAAAGCACAGACAAUUAGUAAAAGACAGGAAGAGAUAGAAAAUAAAAUAGAAGUUGCUGAUGCAUUGGCAGUUAAGCUUCUUCAACGUUUCAAUUAUUCUGUCUCUGCGAUGAAGACAACUUCACACCAUCUCUCAGAAGUUCAUGCGUUACAGGUGGAACUCGGAGAAUUGAAGGGAAGAUUGACUGAGGUUAUCAGCAACUGUGAUGCAUUGUGUCAAAGAAUUACUACAGAGGGACCAGAAUCACUUCGAUCAUCUAUCAAGCCAUUUACAGCAUCGCCUAUGGACAUGGGUACUGCUGAUGUGCUGAAUUCUAAUAAUAACUGAUAUGGAUGAGCCACAAUUAUAGCAAGUAGAUGCUAGGCUAUUCUUCUGUUUUAUAUGGUACAUUAUCUUACCGGAAAAUAGAAAUUCACUCGCAUGCUGCAGUUUGGGCUUUCGUUGACACAAUUCUAACAAAGUUGGUUUAGGUUGUCUAGCUCGGCCAGGAAUUGAUUUUAAUGUGUAUGUCCUGCAGAUAGGACAUCAAGCGAGUCCCGUUACUUUUUAGGGUGUUUAUUCUGUAGAAACUUUUGCAAGACGCGUAAUUUUGUUUUUCCAGUGGCUACGCUAAUUUUAAGGCAU